ACAAAUCUAGUCAAAUUAUAUGGACCCAAAAAUAAAAUAAAAAAAAAAGUACCCGCCAACAAAAAUUCCUAUUCACAUUCACACCUAUUCAUCCUCGUGGUAAAGGUAAAAAUUAAAAAAAAGAAAAUCAUAUAAAUAAAUAAAAAAAGGCGCAAAAGAAAAAAAAUAAAAAUAAUUAAAGAAUAAAAAGAGUGGGAGCCAAAAUUAAAGAAGAUGCGAACUCCAUUAAACCAACGUGCCCUGCACUGUCCACUUCUUCUCCUUCUUUCUUUUAUUUUCAUCUCUUUUUUCUUCUUCUUCCUUAAUUAUUGUUCUUAAUCUUAAUUAAUUUAUGUUUUUUGGGUUAAUUAAUUUCAUUCUUUACUCAAUCAUCCUCAUCAUUAUCAUUUUAGUUGCCAAAAUAAAUUCAAUAACCAAUUGAAUUUCACAAAGAAUAGAGAAAACCCAGAAAAAAAAAACGAAAAUGUUGACGUGCAUAGCUCGUCCAAAGCAUCAACAAGGUCAUCAUAACUCAGUUAGUCAUCAUCAUCAACACGACGAUCCUGACUCAAUUCACACUCCUAACAGUAAACAAGCCAUUAAAACCUUAACUUCUCAGAUCAAAGGAAUAGCAUUGAAGGCAUCAGGAGCAUACAAAUGCAACCCAUGUUCACACCCGAACUCAACCGGUGCACCCGGGUCAGGUCCGGGUCAACUCAAGAAAUACGCCGAAUCAGAAACCGGGUCGGGUUCCGGGUCUGGGUCAGAGAAGUUAAAGCCACCAAGGGCGUUUAAGAGGACAUUGAGUGCAAACUCGUCGUCUUCGGCGGCGACGCCGAGGUGGGGGAAAGAGAUGGAAGCUCGGUUGAAGGGGUUGUCGGUUGGCGGCGAGGUAACGCCGGUAAUGUCGGUGUCAGCGAGUGGGCGGCGGGUUGACCCGGUUGUGUUGGUCGAGGAAGAUGAACCCAAAGAGUGGGUGGCUCAGGUGGAGCCUGGGGUGUUGAUCACAUUUGUUUCUUUGCCACGUGGCGGGAAUGAUCUUAAGCGUAUUCGAUUCAACCGAGAUAUGUUCAACAAAUGGCAAGCCCAAAAAUGGUGGACAGAUAACUACGAGAAGAUCAUGGAACUGUACAAUGUCCAAAGACUUAGUCGUAAUGCAUUUCCACUUCCAACUCCCCCAAGAUCAGAAGAUGAGAAUAGCUCUAUGAACUCAAAAAUGAUGGAGUCAUCAAUUGGGGACAGUCCUGUUACACCACCGUUAAGCAAAGAAAGCCUACCACGCAACCUAUACCGUGGAAUGAACAUGGGUAUGGGAUACUCAUCCUCAGAUUCUUUCGAGCAACACUCAAAGCAAUCACGCCAAUACGAAUCAAGUGGCCUCGCCUCAACACCUAAACACUCCAACAUCAGUGGAGUUACAGCUAAGACAGAACUAUCUUCUAUGGAUGAGUCAUUAAGAUCGACCUCUUCCAGAGAAGGAGAUCGAUCUGGAGAAUUGUCAAUCAGCAAUGCCAGUGACAUGGAGUCUGAGUGGGUAGAAGAGGAUGAGCCAGGAGUUUACAUCACUAUUAGAGCGUUGCCUGGGGGGCGAAGGGAGCUUAGACGCGUUAGAUUCAGUCGAGAAAAAUUUGGAGAGAUGCAUGCUAGAGUUUGGUGGGAAGAAAAUAGAGCUCGUAUACACGAACAAUACUUGUGAUCAGAAAGAACAAGUGGGAGGAACUGUGAGUAUUGAUGGAUGAAUUGAAGAAGCAAGUCGUGUCUAGAGUACAUUCUUUAUAUGUUACUACCUCAGUAUAAAUACCUAAAGGAUGCCUUACUGCCUUAUUAGAUAAAUUGCUAUGAAGAUCAAGGUGUAUGCUGCAUUUAUUUAAAUUCAGAAGUUCAGAAGGCAUUCCAUUCGCCGUUUUUUCAAUUUUUGGUUCUUUUUGUUUCUUCUUGUUUUGGUGACAUAUGAUGUAUCAACUGGUAUAAGGUAAUACUAGUGAGUAAAGUUUAGAGGGCUUAGACCUUGAGUGUUGACAAGCUGAUGUGAAAAACAGGCAAAAUCAUGUCAAUGGCAAGUUCUUCCAAGGCAUAAAGGGAAGGAGAUGUAAUUUCAAUUUGGUAUAUCAAAUUUUACAAGGAAACCCAGUAAAUAGAAAGUUUGCUCCCUUUCAA